AUGGCAAUGACCGGACCACAAUGGAUCUGUCAAACCACUUUUUGGAUUGUAAAGCUUUGUAAUCUGCAGAGUUAUUACUGUUCUAACCAGCAGAGUGAAUUCUGUUCUAACCUGCAGUCGGAGUCCUGUUCUAACCUGCAGAGUUAUUAUUGUUCUGACCAGCAGAUUGAGUUCUGUUCUGACCUGCAGCAUGAGUCCUGUUCUAAACCACAGAGUUAUUACUGUUCUAACCAGCAGAGUGAGUUCUGUUCUAAUCUGCAGCCUAAGUCCUGUUCUAACCAGCAGAAUGAGUUCUGUUUUAACCUGCAGAGUAAGUCCUGUUCUAACCUGCAGAGUAAGUUUUGUUCUAACCUGCAGAGUAAGUCCUGUUCUAACCUGCAGCCUGAAUUCUGUUCUAACCAGCAGAAUGAGUUCUGUUUUAACCUGCAGAGUAAGUCCUGUUCUAACCUGCAGAGUAAGUCCUGUUCUAACCUGCAGAGUAAGUUCUGUUCUAACCUGCAGAGUAAGUCCUGUUCUAACCUGCAGCCUGAAUUCUGUUCUAACCUGAAGAAUGAGUUCUGUUUUAACCUGCAGAGUGAGUCCUGUUCUAACCUGCAGAGUGAGUCCUGUUCUAACCUGCAGAGUGAGUCCUGUUCUAACCAGCAGAUGAGUCCUGUUCUAACCAGCAGAGUAAGUUCUGUUCUAACCUGUAGAGUUAGUUCUGUUCUAACCUGCAGAGUGAGUUCGGUUCUAAACUGUAGAGUUAGUUCUGUUCUAAGCUGCAGAAUGAGUUCUGUUCCAACCUGCAGAGUGAGUCCUGUUCUAACCAGCAGAAUGGGUCCUGUUCUAAUCUGCAGAAGUGAAUCUUGUUCUAAACUACAGAGUAAUUCCUGUUCUAACCUGCAAAGUGAGCCCUGAUCUAACCUGCAGAGUGAUUUUUAUUCUAACCUGCAGAGUGAGCCCUGAUCUAACCUGCAUAGUUAG